AUGGAUCUAAAAAUUGAAAAUAUUUUAAUUCGUGUUCGUGCACAAUUAAAUGAAGAUCAAGUUAAAUUGUGGCUUCCACCUUAUUAUGGUACAAAUAAUUCGAGUUCUUCCGAAGCUGAAAUACAAAUUUUAGCUCAGAAUUAUGCAAAAUUAUUAAAUAUUGAUAUGGAACAUUGUUUGGUUGCCAUAAAAGAAUUACAAAAUCAUGCCUUGGAGAAAAUGAAAGAACGAGAUAGCUUUAAAGCGACCGGAGUUGCAACUUUAAAAGUAAGAGUACCCGGUCAAGCUGGUGGUACUAUUUUAUCAACGAUUAAAAUUUCAUUAAAUGCGUUGGGUAGUGAUUUAAAAGAAGCUGUUGCUCAACAAAUUUCGAGCGUCCCAUCCAGAUUAAAAUUAAUCUGCAACGGAAGAGUAUUGAAAGAUGAGACUUCCCUAGAAAGCCAAAGUGUUAAAAAUGGUACGCAAUUAAUGGCUGUAGUAUUAUAUGAAAAUAUACAAAAUUUUCAAAAUGAAGAAAAGGAUCAAAAAACUUUGGAAACAACUCGUAAAGAUUUAAGUGUUUUACUUCAAACUAAUCAAGAUCAUAAUCAAUAUCUUCAGGUAGAAGAUCAAUCUGGAAACACCUUAAAUUUACCACUCGCCGAAAAAAAAGCAUUAGUUACUGCAAUGACAUUGCAUGAAAAAGGACGUGCUGCAUUAAAAAAAGAAGAUUAUUCGUUGGCAUUGAUAAUGUUUCUUGAAGCUGAUAAUGAAUUUAACCGAUGUAAUUCAAAAAUUUUAGCAUCCGUUGAUAAUUAUGCCUUGUUAAAUCUUGACAUUGCAUGGUGUUAUUUAUGUUUACGAAGUGUUGGUCAGAUCCCAGAUGCUGAAAAUCGAUUAAAAAAAUGUGAAGAAAAUUUUCAUCUUAGCUAUGGAGCAAAUUUAGAACGGUUAAUCGCUUUAAAAGGAACAUCAGGUAAUGAAGCGGCACUUUUUAUGAGACUUCAUUUAUUGCAAGGUAUUGUAAUGUUUCAUCAAAAUCGUCGUGAAGAGGCGCAACAUUUACUAGAACGGGCUGAAAAAGAAUUACAAAGUCUUAAAGUGGAUGAUGUCAGUCUUAGUGCUUUGGUUGAACUUGGUUACUCACCGGCUGAGGGACGAUUAGGUUUACGUGCAACGCAUGGUAAUGUGAAUGCCGCUGCUGAUUAUAUUACACGUAAUCGAGAAGAGCGAGCUGAAAGUCGUAAAAAAGCAAUUGAAAAUGAAGUAUUAACACGAGCACGUAAAAAAUUAGGAAAAUGUGCAGAUGGUAAACAGUGGAUUGAACCAUCAUUGUUGAAUAUGCUUCUUGAAAUGGGAUUUCCAAAGGAAGCAGCACGUCAAGCGUUAGCACAAUCAAAUAAUAUUCUAUCACAAAGUGUACAAUUAAUUCAAGAAAAUCCAGAAUUAUUGGAAGCAGCAAUGGCCUCUACCAGUAAUAAAGUAGGUAUUACACAAUCAUUAAUUGAUCAAAUUGUUGCUGUCGGAUUUGAUCCACGUAUGGCAAAAAUUGCAUUAAAAAAGCAUAAUGGUGUUAUUGAAAAAGCUAUCGAAGAACUUGUAUUGACUGGUGGUGUUAUUGAAGGAGAAUAUUCAUCCGAUGCAGAUGACGAUGAUUCAAAUGAUCCUCUAGCAGAGACACGUCGCCGUGAAGCAUUUAAUCGCAUUGUUGAAGAUUUAUCAAUGGUGGAUGAUGAUCACUUAGAUUUAACUUUAAUACAAGAAGAAAUAUUUCUAAAUCAAUACAAAACGUUAUUGGAACAAUAAUAAUUUGUUUAUUCUUUUAGAAAGUUUUCUUGUUAAUAAUGAUAUAAGGCCAUACACUAUUAAAAAUUUAUCUUUUAUGGCCUGUUUGGAA